UACACGGAUCAUAAUAGAAAAAGAAAAAGUGAGUAAUAAUGGAGUUUAUCAACAUGAAGGCAAUGAUGAAGUUAGCUUUCAUGCUUUUCCUCUUAGGCUUCACUGCAACUGUUGCUGAUGCGGGUUUGGAUUCAACUUCCUUCAUCAAUGAAGUCCUCUCCAAUGGUGAUGCAAGCAACAAAGCAUGCUGUAAUUCCUGCCCUUGCACAAGAUCAAUCCCUGCUCAGUGUCGCUGUGCUGAUGUUGGAGAAAAAUGUCACUCUGCUUGCAAAGACUGCCUUUGCACAAGGUCUCUUCCACCAAAGUGUCAUUGCACUGAUGUCACUAAGUUCUGUUAUAAAAAAUGUAACUAACUAUGUUAGUAUGCCAUGCAUUUGAUGAAACAAAUUCCAUUAGGAUCUGUUUUAUAUUAUUUGCAUGGAAAUAAUUAAUGAAAUAAAAAUUACUGCUUGCCCAUAUAUGCAGUUUGGUUUUUGCCAAACUGUAGGGUUAAGUGUUUGUGUUUAA